CGCCGCGGGCCUCCCCGCGCCGAGCACGUCCCCGUCCCGCGCCUCCGCCCCUUCGCCUGCUCGCUCCUUCCCGCCCUCCCUGCCGCGCCGGCAAAGCCGGCUUCCCCUCGGUCUCUCAUGAAUAUUGAGCGGCCCCUGUUGUAUUUCCCGAGCUCCAUUGCGGAAGCCGAGGCUCGCCAUAUUGUGCGGCGGCGCCGGCGGCCGCGGCGCCUUCUUCCCGUGUCUCACUCCGGCCGCGGCCAGCGGAGCCCCGGGCUGGGGCGGGAGCCGCAAUGUCUCAGGCUGUGCAGACAAAUGGAACUCAACCAUUAAGCAAAACAUGGGAACUCAGUUUAUAUGAAUUACAACGAACACCUCAGGAGGCAAUAACCGAUGGCUUGGAAAUUGUGGUUUCACCUCGAAGUCUACACAGUGAACUAAUGUGCCCGAUUUGUUUGGAUAUGCUGAAGAAUACCAUGACUACAAAGGAGUGUUUACAUCGUUUUUGUGCAGACUGCAUUAUCACAGCCCUCAGAAGUGGCAAUAAAGAAUGCCCUACCUGUCGGAAAAAGCUAGUUUCCAAAAGAUCACUAAGACCAGACCCAAACUUUGAUGCACUCAUCAGCAAAAUUUAUCCAAGUCGUGAUGAGUAUGAAGCUCAUCAAGAAAGAGUAUUAGCGAGGAUCAACAAGCACAAUAAUCAGCAAGCACUCAGUCACAGCAUUGAGGAAGGACUGAAGAUACAGGCCAUGAACAGAUUGCAGCGAGGCAAGAAACAGCAGAUUGAAAAUGGUAGUGGAGCAGAAGAUAAUGGUGACAGUUCUCACUGUAGUAAUGCAUCCACGCAUAGCAAUCAGGAAGCAGGACCUAGCAACAAACGGACCAAAACAUCUGAUGAUUCUGGGCUUGAGCUUGAUAAUAACAAUGCAGCAGUGGCAAUUGAUCCAGUCAUGGAUGGUGCUAGUGAAAUUGAGUUAGUAUUCAGGCCUCAUCCCACACUCAUGGAGAAAGAUGACAGUGCACAGACAAGAUACAUAAAGACUUCAGGUAAUGCCACUGUUGAUCAUUUAUCCAAGUAUCUGGCUGUGAGGUUAGCUUUAGAAGAACUUCGGAGCAAAGGAGAAUCAAACCAGAUGAAUCUUGAUACAGCCAGUGAGAAGCAGUAUACCAUUUACAUAGCAACAGCCAGUGGCCAGUUCACUGUGUUAAAUGGCUCUUUUUCUUUGGAAUUGGUCAGUGAGAAAUACUGGAAAGUGAACAAACCCAUGGAACUUUAUUACGCACCCACAAAGGAGCACAAAUGAGCUUUUACUAACACCAGUUCUGAGAAUGAACUUUUUUAUAGCCUAUUUCUUUAAUAUUAAAGAUGUUCCAUCAUUACUUUUAUGGACAGAA